AGUUCAACUCUGCAUAUUUUCUGCAAUCUCAGCGAACGAGCCUUCGUCUAAGGCAGAGGCAGCUCACUGACCCAAACGUUUACGUUCCAGCGGUUACGUCCGGAGGAGGCGACCAAUUGUACUUGAACGACUUCAUCACGCUGGCUAGCCAUAGCUAAUCCAUGCAACGCGUUCACAUAACCCUUUCGAGCGUAUCAAAGUCCCGCAAUUAGAAGAGAGCUCCUUUCGAAAUUUCACUAUACAUCGAAAGGUCCAAAAUGGCAGCAGUAAGCAACGACAAAAGACCGGUGGACAUUCACCAAUCACCACCCCUCGAUCUCUCAAUCCCAUACAACCCGGCUUGGGUCAAAGGCAGGACGAUCCUCGUAACUGGAGGGGCCGGUGGCUUUGGUGCUGCCUUUGUACGCAAGUGGGCAGGGCAUGGAGCCACCGUCAUAUUCGGGGAUAUCAACACCGAGCAGGGCGAUCAGGUAGCUCGAGACAUACAAAAAGAGACAGGAAACAAGAACGUUCAUUUUGUUCACUGCGACGUCACGGACUGGCAAUCCCAGGUCAACCUUUUCAAGGAAGCAGUGAAGCUGAGUCCUCAUGGCGGCAUCGAUACGGUGGUUGCAAACGCGGGAAUCGCAAAGGCCGACAUUCUCCAGUUUCCAUGCGACUUGAGCGUCGCUGAGCCAAAGCAACCUAAGUGGCAGAUGCUUGACGUUAAUCUUACUGGUGUGAUGUACACUUCGCAUCUUGCGAUGUUCUAUCUGCCUCGCAACCCGGGAUCUAAAAAUUGCACCCCAGACUCAGAUCCUGCAACGGCCCCUCGUGAUCGCCAUCUCCUCUUCCUCGGCUCUGUAGCUUCACUUGCAGGCGUGCCUCUCUCGCCGCAGUAUGCAGCCUCGAAGCACGCCGUACUGGGCCUCUUCCGUUCGCUACGCGGGACGUCCUUUGCACAAGGCAUCCGCGUCAACAUCGUAUGUCCAUACUACAUCGACACGCCAAUGAUGCCUGCCUUCUUGCGCAUCGCCAUCGCGGGUGGUGGGCUUGGAAAGGUCGAGGACGUCGUCGAUGCGGCGACUAGGUUCACAGCGGACUCGCGUAUCUUGGGCCGCGGUGUGGUUGUGGGCCCCAAGAUAAAGUUGAAGCCAGACGACAACGGAGAGUUGAAAUAUCUCGGCGAGGAUGCUGACAUACAGCCAUCGGCGGUAUGGGAAGUAUAUGCGGAUGACUUCCAGUACACUGAUGCGUCUGUCAGAGCGAUUGUCAACUCUCUCAAUGCAAUCCAAAAGGCCCAGGGAUGGAUAGGAUGGGCUAAGGACUGCUUGGCUGCGCUGGCGUAUGGAGUCGGUCUUGGGGGAAAGAAGUAGGCCAUCCACAAUUUGGUGUUUGGCCUUAUCGUUAACCAGGCCUAAGCCUCAGCGAAUCAAAAGCUCGUUUAAUAGAUCUUGCAAUGUCCUUGUAAUUUCUUGCCUGUGGGACUUUGAGCAUGCUAUCCUCAU